AUGGCUUCAAGGCAAGCACUUCUGCGCUCUGCGCGCACGGCAUCUUGGGCUGCCGCAUCGCCAGCUUUCGCCCGGAGCUUCCAGACCUCUGCCCGGUUCCUGUCGGAGGCAGCCGCACCGCUGCCAGCGCGCAAGCCUGUUGGUGCCUUUCGCGGAGGUCUCUUUGGCUUCCUGCUGGGCACCACGCUCUCUGGCUCGGCCGUCUACUACUACGUGCUGCAGGAGUACAAGGCCUCCAACGACCAGCUGACCGAUGACAUCUACACCCUGCAGCGGACGACACAGCAACUGAGCAACCACCUGUCGACACUCGAGGACAAGUUGCAGACCGACCACAAGAAAUAG